AUGAAUGAGGCUGGAGAGGGUGACGAGGAAAUCCUGUUUCUCCGGACGGGGGAUGAGGUGGUUUUGCAGAGUACCUUCACCUACCAGGAGGAACAUGUGAAGCUCUGCCUCGCUGCUGAGGGAUUCGGCAGCAGACUUUGCAGACUUGAGCCCACCUCGAAUUGCAAGAAUGUUCCUCCAGACUUGUCUGUGUGUGGCUUUGUCUUGGCUCAGUGUCUCUCCGUCCGAGCGCUGCAGGAGAUGCUCGCACAGCCAGCACCUGGCUGCAGAGGUUCGUCGUCUUUUCAUUGGCGGGACAUGUCCAUUCUAAAACACAACCGAAGUCAUCGCACUCUCCUGUAUGGCCAGGCAGUGUUGUUCUCACACUCAUACAGUGGCAUGUAUCUCAGCUGCUUGUCUUCAUCUCAGUCUUCAACUGACAAACUGGCUUUUGAUGUCGGCCUGCAGGAGGACACAGGAGGGGAGGCGUGUUGGUGGACUGUCCACCCAGCGUCCAGACAGAGGUCAGAGGGUGAAAAGGUGCGCGUUGGAGACGACCUCAUACUUGUCAGCGUGUCUUCGGAAAGAUAUCUGCACCUCUCCUUUGGCACUGAAUACGACAACAAAUGCUUGAGUGACAGUUUGGUUGUGAAUGCAGCUUUCCAGCAGACACUCUGGAGUGUUGCUCCCAUCUGCUCCGGAGGUGCAGCAGCUCAAGGCUACCUGAAGGGGGGCGAAACGCUGCGGCUCCUCCACAGCCACAGCGACGCGUGUCUGACUGUUCCCUCCGUAGAGCAAGGAGACGAGCGUCAGAGGAUAAUGCAUUAUGAGAUUGGAUCAGCCUCCGGCCACGCCCGCUCCCUGUGGAGACUGGACAUUCAUCGUGUUGUUUGGAGCGGCAGACAUACGUGCUGGGGACAGCCGUUCAGACUGUGUCAUGUGAUCACUGGGAGGUACCUGGGACUGACAGAGGACAGAGGCCUGCACCUGGUGGACCGGGACAAGGCUGACAUCAACACCACCUCCUUCUGCUUCCGAUCAUCGAAGGAAAAGCUUGACAGUGGCACAAAGACAAACGCUGAUGGGAUGGGAGUCCCGGAGAUAAAGUAUGGAGAUUCCAUUUGUUAUCUGCAGCAUGUGGAUUCUGGGCUCUGGCUCACAUACCAAGCUGCUGAUGCAAAGUCCCGCAUCGGAGUGUCUCAGCGAAAGGCAAUUUUACACAGUGAGGGCCACAUGGACGAUGGAUUGACAUUAUCUCGUUCUCUGAGGGAAGAAUCUCACAGUGCCAGACUAAUCCGGAGUGCCAUUCUGCUUUUCACACACUUUAUAAGGAAGCUGGAUGGAUUUAAUCAAGAAGGGAAUCUUCCCUCUGUCAACCUGUCAAUGGAGACAGUGACAUGUAGUCUGCAGGAUCUGAUAAACUAUUUCCAGCCUGUGCUGGAUGGGCUCAGCCAUGAAGCGAAACAGAACAGCAUGACAGCGCUGAAGAAUCGACAGAAUAUGUUUCAGGAGGAGGGUGUGAUAGAUUUGGUGCUGGAUUGUAUCGACCGCCUCCACCAGAACGGUGGCAGUUCUCAUGCUGCCGACGCUGCUCUGAGCGACACGGGAGGAGAACGGGAGACCAUCCUCAACCGCUUCUAUGACCUCCUGGCUGCUCUGAUUCGAGGAAACCGCACAAACUGUGCACACUUUUCACAUUCUCUAGACUGGCUCAUCAGCAGGCUGGACAGACUGGAGGCCUCUGCUGGCGUUUUGGAGGUCCUGCACUGUGUCCUCGUAGAAAGUCCUGAAGCGCUCAGUGCCAUCAAAGACGGACACAUUCAGUCUAUCAUCUCAUUUCUGGACAGGCAUGGGUGCAACCACAAGGUGCUGGAGGUGCUGUGCUCGGUGUGCGCGUGCCACGGCGUGGCGGUGCGAUCCAAUCAGAACCUCAUCUGCGACAGUCUGCUGCCAGACAGAGAUCUGCUGCUCCAAACACGUCUGGUUAAUCAGGUCACCAGCAUGAGACCAAACAUCUUUCUGGCUACGGGGGAAGACUCGGCCCAGCAUCGGAUGUGGUACUACGAGCUGGUUGUGGACCGUGUGGAACAUUUCCUCACAUCCGAGCCCACACACCUGCGCGUAGGCUGGGCCUGCACGAAAGGCUACCAGCCCCGGCCCACAGGGGGAGAGCGGUGGGGUGGCAAUGGAGUGGGAGAUGACCUCCACUCCUACGGCUUUGACGGACUUCACCUCUGGUCAGGCUGCAUGGCUCGCAAGGUCAGCUCUCCCCAUCCUCAUUUGCUGAAAGACGACGAUGUGGUCAGCUGCUGCCUGGACCUCACGGUCCCCUGCAUCUCCUUCCGGGUUAACGGGCUGCCUGUGCAAGGCAUGCUGGAGAACUUCAGCGCCGGCGGUCUUCUUCACCCGGUCGUCAGCUUCUCUGCUGGAGUCAGGGUUCGUUUUCUUUUCGGGGGGAGACACGGAGAGUUUCGCUUUCUGCCACCGCCUGGUUUCGCUUCAUGCUCUGAAGCACUUCUUCCAAAAGUCAAACUGAAAGUCGAACCGUGUCAAAAAUACAUCCUGGCAUGUGAAGAAGGGAGGCAACGGCUGAUUGGCCCCCUGGUACCUGUUAGUCCGCCCACCUUCAGCCCCACACCAAUAGACAUCAGCAAGGUGGCAUUGCCCCUACAACUCGAAGAUAUUCGUGAGAAAAUGGCAGAGAAUAUUCAUGAGCUCUGGGUGAAGGACAAGCUUGACCUUGGAUGGACACACGGACAAGUAAGAGAUGAAGGGAAGAAGCAUGAACCCUGCCUGGUGGAAUUCUCCAAACUUCCAGAACCCGAGAGGAAUCAGAAUCUGCAGAUGGCUCAGGACACUAUUAGGACUCUUCUGGCUCUUGGUUUCCACAUUGUUUUGAUGGAUGAUCAUGCUGAGGAACAUGUCAAAUACAUGAGACUUCCCACCAAGUAUGAGCAGUCGAGUGGCUACCGGCCUGCCCCGGUGGAUUUGAGCCGGGUCUUCUUGAGCUCAGACCAUGAAGAAGUGGUUCACCUGCUGGCAGAGAACGAACACAAUGUUUGGGCCAGAGAGCGUAUCAAACAAGGAUGGACCUAUGGAGUCCAGCAGGAUGUCAAAGCAAAGCGAAGCCCCCACCUCGUGCCUUACAGCCUCCUAGAUGAAAGGACUCAGAGAGUGGGCAGAGAAGGCGUCAGAGAGGCCGUCUGCACCCUGUUGGCGUACGGUUACAGUCUGGAGCCGCUCAGCCAGGAACAAACCACGUUAUCAAAGCCAUGUCUCCUCUCUGCUGAGAAGUGCAGAGUGUUCAGACCAGAUAAAUCUUAUGCUGUGACCCGGGGGAAGUGGUAUUUUGAAUUUGAAAUACUGACAGCCGGGAAUAUGAGAGUGGGCUGGGUCCGGCCAGGCUGCACUCCCGAUAAAGAGCUCGGCUCAGAUGACCAGGCUUAUGUCUUUGAUGGAUCCGAGGCUCAGUGGUACCAUCAGGGGAGCGAACCUCUGGGCCGCCCGUGCCUCAGAGGCGAUGUGGUGGGCUGCUUGGUCGACAUGACCGAACGCACCAUGAUGAUCACGCUCAACGGAGAGGCUCUGUUUAAUGAGAGAGGAUCAGAGCUGGCUGCCAAGGACUUUGAUAUCAGAGAUGGAUUGUUGCCAGUGGUUAGUGUGGGCGUGAACCAGGUGGGAAGGCUAAAUCUGGGCUGUCAAGCGGGCUCUCUAAAAUACUUUGCAGCGUGUGGCCUGCAGGAGGGCUAUAAGCCCUUCGCGGCCAGCAUGGCCCGAGACCCUGUCCUGUGGAUGAGUUGGAAACAGCCUCAGUUUGCUUCCAUACUGCCCGAUGAUCACAACUUACAGGUCACAAGAGUCAGUGGCUCAAUGGAUUCCUUAUCCAGCUUGCGGGUGUCUCAGCGCUUGUUUGCGCACCAUGGUGGUGGAGGGAGCGAAAUGGGCUUUUUUCGGCUCAGCAUGUCGAUCGAAUGCGCUGCUAUCCUGAGCAGCCCUGCAGGGGUUGUCCUUUCAGGAAGGAAAGAGCAGGAGGAGGUGGACUCUGACUUUGAGGUGUUGAUGAAGUCGGCCCACAGCUUCGCAGGCUCAAGAGAUGAGCUCAACCACAAGGAUCACAGCCACGACAAGACGUCCAAACUGAAACAACGGUUCAUGCUCAAGAGGACCAAACCGGGCUUAGUCAGCAGCAACUCGUCUGCACGGCUUCUAGAAGAUGUCGUCAUUGACAAAGACCAUUAUGAUCAGCUCAUUCAAAGCACCAGAUAUUACUACUCGGUGAGGGUUCUUCCCGGCCAGGAGCCGUUUAACGUGUGGGUGGGCUGGGUGACCUCUGACUUUCAUCAGCACGACACGACAUUUGACCCCAGCGAUGUGUCCACGGUGACCGUCACUCUGGGAGACGACAGCGGCAAAGUCCAGGAAAGUGUGAAGAGGUGUAACUGUUACAUGGUCUGUGCCGGAGAGGCGACAGGCCUGGCUCAGAGUCGGAGGAGUGCAGGGUUGGAAAUUGGCUGCCUAAUUGACACAGCCACCGGACUGCUCACCUUCACCUCCAACGGAGUGGAGAUGACCCCUUUCUACCAAGUGGAGGCGAGUACCAAGCUGUUCCCCGCUGUUUUCGUCAAACCCACCACCACCAACAUGUUUCAGUUUGAGCUCGGGCGAAUCAAGAACAUCAUGCCACUGUCGUCAGGUUUGCUUCGCAGCCAGAGAAGGAAUGCCAGCCCUCAGUGUCCCCCGAGGAUUCAGGUCCAGCAUCUCAGGCCCGUUUCUUGGACGAGAGUUCCGGAAUGCGCUUUAAAAGUGCUGGUCGACCGGCCGGACGAGCGUCACGGGUGGAGAAUCCAGUGCUCCGAUCCCCUGCAAGUCAUGACUCUUCAGAUCCCCGAUGAAAACAGAUCUGUUGACAUUUUGGAGCUGUCAGAACUUGAAGACCUCUUGACCUUUCACCGUCACACCCUCCUCCUCUACUGCUCUUUGGCUGCUCUCGGAAACACCCGGGUUUGCCAUGCCCUCUGCAGCUAUGUGGACCAGUCGCAGGUCCUUCAUGCUAUUCAGAGUCCCCGCCUGCCCGGCCCACUCCGCUCUGCGUUUUAUCAGCUCCUGAUUCAGGUGUUCCUCAGCAGCCACACCACAGCAUGUCUGAUGAUGAAUAAUGAAUACGUUGUUCCUAUGACCGACCAAACCAGAGAAAUCACACUUUAUCCCAGCCCUGAUAUUCAAGAGGAAAGCUACCUUCCGGAGGGGAUUCCCAGCAUCGGCCAGAGCACAUCUCUCAAACCGCGGAUGCAUUUUUCAUCCCCUUGUUUUGUCAGGAGUGGUGGUGUGGACGGAGCCGGCAGCGUCGAAAUACUCUGCACAGACAGUCCAGAAAUCCCUCUGGACAUAUUGAAGAACCUGACUGUGGAAAUGCUGACGGCUGGAGUUUGUGCUGUGAGCCAGGAGGUGAGGGAUCCUGCAGGAGGCAAUAUUGAGCUUCUGCUUGUACCUUUAUUAAGACUCCUGUACAGCCUUCUGGUCAUGGGGGUAUUUGGUGAUGAGGACCUGUGCAAGGUUCUGAAACUGCUGGAGCCAGACGUGUUCUCCACAAAUAGUGAAACUUUUGAGGACGACAUAGAGGAGGAAGAGGAAGCAGUUUGCCAUGAUGAAAAAGAUCUGGAGGAAGGCAACAAAGGUGAUGACAAGCUGGGACUUCUUCAAAUGAAGCUGCCUGAAGCUGUCAAACUUGAGCUGUGCCGGCUGCUGUCCUACCUGUGUGACUGCCAGGUGCGCCGCAGGGUCGAGGCUGUGAUCGGCUUCUCCGACAACUUCGUGGGCCAGUUACAGGAGAACCAGCGCUUUCGCUACAACCAGGUUAUGGAAGCGCUCAACAUGUCGGCGGCCCUCACCGCUCGCAAGACCAAGGAGUUCAGACUUCCUCCAAAGGAGCAGAUUAAUAUGCUGCUGAGCUUCAGAGAGGAAGAGCAGGGAGAAGAGUGUCCAUGUCCAGAGGAAAUUCAACGUCUCCUGCAAGACUUUCAUCAUCUCCUCAAUACACACUGUGGCGUUGAAUUGGACAGUGACUCAGAGGAUGAAGAGGACGCUGAAAUGUCUGUCAAAGAGCGACUCCUCGGUCUCAUGGCGAGAGUCGCCGGGCUCCAUAAGACUCCCACAGACAUGGAGGACCGCAGAUCACAGAACCCCAAGUCCCUCAAAACGCUGAUUUCUGAGACGAUGGUGCGCUGGGCCCAGGAGGGGGAGAUUCAGGACCCGGAGCUCGUUGCUGCUAUCUUCUCUUGUCUGCACCGACAGUAUCAGGGCCUCCGGGGGCAAAUGGGGGGAUCCCUCUGCAAGGCCUACACCAUCAGCCAAGCCUCAGUGGAGGACACCAUGGCCCUCCUGACGUCCCUGGGACAAAUCCGCUCGCUCCUCAGUGUCUGCAUGGGGAAGGAAGAGGAGAGGCUGAUGAUCAGUAGACUCGGAGACAUCAUGAAUAAUAAGGUUUUCUACCAGCACCCUGACCUAAUGAGGGCCUUGGGAAUGCAUGAGACGGUGAUGGAAGUGAUGGUAAACGUUCUCGGAGAAAAAGAGUCUAAGGAGAUCACCUUUCCCAGAAUGGUGGCCAGCUGCUGUCGAUUCCUGUGUUAUUUUUGCCGCAUCAGCCGCCACAAUCAGGGAGCCUUGUUCGACCACCUCAGCUACUUACUGGAAAACAGCAGUGUCGGACUUGCCUCCCCGUCCAUGCGUGGGGCCACUCCUCUGGAUGUGGCGGCGGCCUCAGUCAUGGACAAUAACGAACUGGCCUUAGCUCUGAGGGAAUCUGACCUGGAAAAGGUGGUGCAGUACCUCGCAGGCUGUGGUCUGCAGAGCUGUCCCAUGCUGGUUUCAAAAGGCUACACCGACAUCGGGUGGAACCCUGUGGAGGGGGAGCGGUACCUGGACUUUCUACGUUUUGCUGUGUUCUGCAAUGGUGAGAGUGUGGAGGAGAAUGCUUAUGUGGUGUUGAGGCUGUUGAUCCGCCGGCCGGAGUGUUUUGGGCCUGCUCUGCAAGGCGAUGGAGGGAAUGGUCUCCUAUCUGCCAUGGAGGAAGCAAUCAAGAUGUUGGAAGACCCUUCUAUAGAUGGACCCUGCGCCACCAGCCGAUCCAACACAACACUAGACGUCAUUCAGGACAGUGAUGAUGACCCCAUUCACAUGGGUCACGCCAUCAUGACCUUCUACUCAGCCCUUAUUGAUUUGCUGGGCCGCUGUGCUCCAGAGAUGCACUUGAUUCAAGGAGGCAAAGGAGAAGCCAUCCGCGUCAGGGAAAUCCUGAGGUCCCUCAUCCCCAUUCAGGAUCUUGUUGGAGUAAUCAGCAUCCAGUUUCAAAUCCCUUCACUGUCUCAAGAUGGCCUGUUGGUGGAGCCGGACUUAUCCACAGUUUUCUGUCCGGACCAUAAAGCAGCCAUGGUUCUGUUCUUGCAUCGUGUUUACGGCAUCGAAGGCCUGAGUUUCUUUCUUCAGCUUCUGGAAGUUGGCUUCCUGCCCGACCUUCAGACGGCCGUCUCUCUGGACACUGCUGACUUAGGAUCCACGGACAUGGCUCUGGCCCUCAACAGAUACUUGUGUGCAGCCGUCCUUCCUCUGCUCAGCAAAUGCUCUGAUCUCUUUCUUGGUUUAGAGGAUCACACCACGUUGGUUGAAUGCCUCAUUCAGGCAAUCUAUCGGCUCUCGAGGGCUCUCAGCCUGACCAAGGCCCAGAGAGACACGACUGAAGACUGUUUGUUGGCUUUAUGCAGUAAACUGCAGCCGUCUGUGAUGCAGCCUCUGCUUCGGCGGCUGGUUUUCGACGUCCCUCAUCUCUCGGACCACAGCAAAAUGCCACUGAAGCUCUUGACCAGCCACUACGAGCAGAAGUGGAAGUACUACUUCCAGGCGGCGGGUCAGGAUGACCACGGACUGGCCUCUGAGGAGGAACUCCUUCUGUCCAGGAAGUUGUUUUGGGGGUUGUUUAAUGCCUUGGUGAAAAAGCCCUACAGUCCUCAGCUGUUUAAGCUGUGUGUUGAGUGUUUGGCGGCGGUGGCAAAGGCCCUGCCUCCCGACCAUGUGGACCCAGGCUGUUUGUCUCAAAUGGAGAGAGCAACCUCCAUCGACAUGGACGGACACUUUGACCCCCAACCUGUAGACACUUCAGACGUGUCGGUGCCUGAACGACUGGAAUUUGUCGUGAACAAGUAUGCAGAGCAUACACACGAGAAGUGGUCACUAAACAAGUUCGCCUGUGGCUGGGUUCACGGAGAGCAGCUGUGUGAAAAAACCAAGGUUCACCCGUUGCUGAAACCGUACAGAGCGCUGGCGGAGAAGGAGAAGGAAGCAUACCGCUGGACCAUCAAAGAGACAAUAAAAACCAUGCUGGCCUUUGGAUGGAAUAUAGAGCGGACCAAAGAAGGAGAUGCAUUUGGCAUGCACACUUGUACACCCCGGGUCUCUCAGGCUGGACAGCUGUCGUUUGAAGGAGCGUCGACCUUUAGCCCAAAACCUGUAGACAUGAGCAGCAUCACGUUAUCAUGGGACCAGUGUGCUAUGGCUGAACAGUUGGCUGAGAACUAUCACAAUUCAUGGGCUAAGACAAAGAAAUUGGAGUUCGAGAGUAAAGGAGGGGGCGGCCGCUCAAUCCUCGUACCCUACGAUACCCUGACCACGAAGGAGAAGUCCAAAUUCAGAGAGCGAGCCCAGGAUGUCCUCAAGUUCUUCCAGCUGAAUGGGUUCACUGUGUGGCGGGAUCGGAAGACAUUGGAAAUGGACUUUCCAGCAAUGUCCAACUGCUUUAGCUACACUCUCCUUCAGCGGCUGCUGUUUCACACUGAGGAGGCUCAAGAGCACUUGCUUAAACUCGAAAUGAUGCAAGCCAGAGGACAGACCCCUAAAGGAGAGAGAACACUUGAGCAGCAGCCAAUCACAUUUUUCCACAAGGUUGUCCUCCCUCUUUUGGAACAAUACAUGAAAAGCCACCAUCUGUACUUCCUGUCUGCCUCUAUAUGUACAACUCAUAACAGAAGCCAUGCCUCCAAGAAGGAGAAGGAGAUGGUUGCGUGCCUCUUUUGUAAGCUUGCAGCUCUGGUAAGGCACAGAAUCUCACUCUUUGGGAAUGAAGCUUCUUCAGUUGCAAGCUGCCUCGAUGUUCUGGCUCAGGCUCUGGAUGCCAGGGCGCUGGUGAAAUCGGCUUCAGAGUCCACUCACUCUCUGCUGAACUCAUUUUUUGAGGCAGCUGCAGCUGAUUUGGAGACGACUGUGGAAAAGCUUUCAGAUACAUUGGUGUCCGCACCUCAGAGCAGGGGUCAGCUGGCAAGAGGAGCUGCCAAAGUUCUCAGCUACACGACCUCCGUCCUCCUCCCGACACUCACUUCUCUUUUCCAUCAUCUUGGCAACCAUAAUUAUGGAACGGACCUCUUGGUGGGCAGUAUCCAGAUCUCUUGCUACAGGAUCUUGAACAGUCUCUACUCUCUUGGAACCGACAGUAAAGUCGUCCUGGAAGGGCAAAGGUCGUCGGCAGGAGCUUGUCUGGCAGCGCUGACUGCUUGCUUUCCCGUAUGCUUCCUGGAGCCACUUCUAAACCAGAGCAAUCCUCACUCCAUCUACAAUAGCAUGAGUGCUGCUGAGGCGAGAGCCCAGGGCCUUCCACACCAGGUGGAAGACAUGUGUCCUCUCCUGCCUUCUCUGGGACAUUCGCUGAGGGAGGUGGAGGAGCUGGCGAGCGCCGGCGCCGGAGCUCGCCAGACCCUUUACGUCCACGUCACAGAGGUCACCCUGCCGAUGCUGUGCAGCUACAUUUCCCACUGGUGGCGCUGGGGCCCCGAGGGCCAGACAGAUUACCCAAUCUGCACCUCUGUCAUUCCUCAACACGCCAGUGACCUACUUGGCCACAUUCUCCGCAUCAUCCACAACCACGUGGGAUCGAGCCAGGGAGACUGGAUGAAACGGCUGGCAGUUUUCUCUCAGCCCGUCAUCUGCAAAGCGCACGCUGAGCUGUUAAAGAGCCAUUUUCUGCCUCUCAUGGAGAAGCUGAGGAAGAGGACGCAGUGUGUGCUGCGGGAGGAGGAGCGGCUGAAGGCAGAGGGGGCCUUCAGCUCGGAGGCAGAGCUCCAGAUGCAGGAGAAGUUUGCCAUCCUGGUCCGAGACCUCUACGCCUUCUACCCCAUCCUCAUCCCGUUUGUGGAUUCUAAUCGAGCCAGAUGGCUGACGGAGCUGAACCCUGAGGCUGAGCAGCUGUUCAGCAUGGUGGCAGAGGUCUUUAUAUUCUGGGCCAAAUCUCAUAAUUUCAAAUGGGAGGAACAGAACUACGUGGUCCAAAAUGAAAUUAACAACUUGGCUUUUUCAGUCAACAAUGGAAAGAUGUCCAAGGUUAGCUGUAGUUACGAUUCAGUAAAAAAUGAGAGGAGGACAAAAAGGAAAGGGGAUCGCUAUUCUGCACACACUUCUCUCAUCGUGGCUGCGGUGAAGCGGCUGGUCCCUGUGGGCCUCAGCAAUUGUUUGCAAAGUGACCAGAGCCUGAUUGAGCUGGCGAGGAGCGGCUUCAGUCAGAAAAACGCCGAAGAUGAGAUUCAAGACAAUAUUUCCAAAUGUCUGACGCACCUUCAGAAUCAGGUAGACUGUCAGCGCAUUACAGCAACAAACGGCUUGAGGCAGGGGAUCCUUUCAGCCCGGCGUGAGACCAUCAGCGAUGCACAAAGGACUGCGGGCAGGAUUCUGGAAAUAGCUCGAGUCCUUUAUUACCUCGACCAGGUGGAACACCCACACAGGAGUAAAAGGCCCGCAUGGCACAAGGUCCUAACGAAACAGAGGAAACGAGCGGUGGUGGCCUGCCUGAGGAUGACUCCGCUCUACAACUUACCCAGACACCGGGCGAUCAACCUCUUUCUCCAAGGCUACAAUAAAUCCUGGAUAUCAGCCGAGGACCACAGCUUCGAGGAGAUGCUUGUAGAGGAUUUAGCUCUGUGUGGGGGCGACAAAGAAGAAGAAAAGGAUGUGCAAGAGGGGGCCAAACCAAUCGAUCCCCUCCUGCAACUCAUUACACUCUUCAGUCGAAGCGCCCUGACAGAAAGCAGGUGUGUUAAUGGGAAUGACUGCCUCUAUGAGUCUUACGCUGCCAUCAUGGCUAAGAGUUGCCGCAGAGAGGAUGAUGAUGAUGAAGAACAAGAGGUGCAAAGCUUUGAAGAAAAAGAAAUGGAGAAACAGAAGUUGCUGUACCAGCAGGCCAGGCUGCACCGUCGUGGAGCCUCGGAGAUGGUUCUGCAAACCAUCAGCGCCAGUAAAGGCACCAUGAGCACCAUGAUUUCCCCGACACUGAAGCUUGGUAUCGCUAUUCUCAACGGUGGGAACGCCACCGUCCAACAGAAAAUGCUGGAUUAUCUGAGAGAGAAGCGAGAUGUUGGCUUCUUCCAGAGCAUGGCUGGACUCAUGCGGUCUUGCAGUGUCCUGGAUCUGAAUGCAUUUGAAAGGCAGAACAAGGCAGAGGGAUUAGGCAUGGCCAUGGACGAGAACUCAGGAGAAAAGGUGAUGCCUGACAAAGACCUGACCUGUGACCUCUUCCGCUUCCUCCAGCUGCUCUGUGAGGGACACAACUCAGACUUUCAGAAUUAUUUGAGAACACAAACGGGAAACAACACCACAGUCAACAUCAUCAUAUCCACGGUGGAUUAUUUACUCAGAGUACAGGAGUCGUUCAGUGACUUCUACUGGUACUACUCAGGGAAGGAUGUGAUUGAUGCUCAGGGGCAGUGUAACUUCUCCAAGGCCAUUGAGGUGGCCAAACAGGUCUUCAACACGCUCACUGAGUACAUUCAGGGUCCGUGCAGCGGGAACCAACAGAGUCUCGCUCACAGUCGUCUUUGGGAUGCCGUGGUGGGAUUUCUCCACGUCUUUGCCCACCUCCAGAUGAAGCUCUCUCAGGAUUCAAGGCAAAUUGAACUUCUGAAAGAGCUCAUGGAUUUGCAGAAGGACAUGGUUGUGUUUUUGCUUUCGAUGCUAGAAGGAAAUGUUGUGAACGGGACGAUAGGGAAGCAGAUGGUGGACAUGUUGGUGGAAUCGUCAAACAACGUGGAGAUGAUUCUCAGGUUUUUCGACAUGUUCCUCAAACUGAAAGACUUGACCUCCUCGGACGCCUUCAGAGAGUACGACUCUGAUCAGAAGGGGAACAUUUCCAGGAAGGACUUCCAGAAAGCCAUGGAGAGCUGCAAGCGUUUCUCCCCAGACGAGACUCACUUCCUGCUCUCCUGCACAGACACUGACGACGGCGAGAUCGUCGACUAUGUGGCCUUUGUCAACCGCUUCCACGAGCCGGCAAAAGAUAUCGGCUUUAGCGUCGCGGUUCUUCUCACCAAUCUGUCUGAGCACAUGCCCAACGACUCCAGACUGAAGACGUUCCUGGAGCUGGCGGAGUGUGUGCUGACUCACUUCCAGCCCUCUCUCGGACGCAUCGAGAUCCUCGGCAGCGGGAAGCGUUUCGAGCGGGUCUACUUUGAGAUCAGCGAGUACAGCCGGACGCAGUGGGAGAAGCCGCAGGUGAAGGAGUCCAAGAGGCAGUUCAUCUUUGACGUGGUCAAUGAGGGUGGCGAGAAGGAGAAAAUGGAGAUGUUUGUGAACUUCUGUGAGGACACCAUCUUUGAAAUGCAGCUGGCAGCCCAGAUAUCUGGCUCUAACACCGGAGAGAGGUGCGGCAGAAAAGAGCCGGAUGAAAAUACUGACGGCAAAGAAGACGACCGGCUGACAUCUCUGCUUUCAAUGAAGAGCCUCAGAGCAUUAACGAAGAUGACUCUGAAAGAUUUCAUCACGUCGCUCUUGUUGUUGGUCAGACUGAUCUGUCUGGCUCAGGUUAGGUGCGUUUGUUUCGUGAUCCGCAGCAUCCUUUAUGUGCUGUACGUGGCCUUCAUUAACGGCGGGCUCGUGGAGGGGGCCAAGCGGACGAGCGUGCUGGAGCUGCUCAGCGAUAUCGCAGAGCCGACUCUUGACGAGGUGAUGGACGUCUCGGUUCGGGCGGAUCGGCUGAGGAAGCGCUCGGCCAGUUUCUCAUCCCAAAGAGAAUUGAGGGACGUCAGGCAGGUGGCAGCUGGGACUUCCCGCAGAGAAGCGGAUGUUCUGUCAAACAUAUUUGGCCUCAAAAUAAAGAAGGAGGAAGGCCAGUACAGACUUCUGACUCAGGACUUCACCAGCAGUCUGACUGACCUGCUCAACACACCGUUCAGAACGUCCGAUGGUUCUGAGACUCGUCAGACAACGUUUACAGAUGACAGAACCUCAAUGGAAAAUGAGAACAUGCCCGAUGAGAUCGAGUCGAAGAAUUCUGAGAGGAAAACUGAAGAGGGGAAGGCAGAGGAAACAUGGAGAGCCAAGAGAUGCUAUAAUAAGUCAAAGGAGCCGCAGAGCCAACAUUCUGCCUGGUGGGAGAUAAGCUCUCAGAACAAGAGACUGCUGAACUACUUUGCAAGAAAUUUUUAUAAUAUGCGUAUGCUGGCUUUGUUUGUUGCCUUUGCAAUCAACUUCAUCCUGCUGUUCUACAAGGUCAGUGUAGAAUCGGUGCCUGCUUCAAAAGAGGAGAAACAAGCGGUCACAUCUUCUUACGGUGAACAGAUGGACUCCUCUGAUGAAGACAGCGGCGAAGGCCCAGUUUAUUUUGUACUGGAAGAGAAUAGCGGAUACAUGGAGCCCGCUCUCCUCCUGCUAGCUGUGGCACACACAAUCAUCUCUUUCUGCUGCAUUAUUGGUUACUACUGUCUCAAGGUGCCAUUAGUGAUCUUCAAACGCGAGAAGGAAGUGGCGCGGCGUUUGGAGUUUGACGGGCUGUAUGUGACAGAUCAACCCCCAGAGGAAGACAUCAAAGGGCAGUGGGACAGACUGGUGAUCAACACACCAUCAUUUCCAAGCAAUUAUUGGGAUAAGUUUGUCAAGAGGAAGGUGAUGGAUAAGUACGGUGACUUUUACGGCCGUGAGAAGAUCAGUGAACUCUUGGGUCUGGACCAGGCGGCAUUAGACUUCAGCUCCGAGAGGAAGAAAGAGAAGAGACUCAAGAGAGACACUGCCUGGAGUGCUCUGCUCAACUCCAUUGACGUGAAGUACCAGGUGUGGAAAUUAGGAGUUGUUUUCACGGACGGCUCCUUCUUGUACUUGGCCUGGUACAUGAUCAUGUCUGUUCUGGGUCAUUACAACAACUUCUUCUUCGCCGCCCACCUUCUGGACAUCGCCAUGGGCUUCAAGACACUCCGUACCAUCCUUUCUUCUGUCACACACAAUGGGAAACAGCUGGUCCUGACUGUGGGGCUCUUGGCAGUUGUGGUGUAUCUCUACACCGUCGUAGCCUUCAAUUUCUUCCGGAAGUUUUACAACAAGAGCGACGACAGCGACGUCCAAGACAUGAAAUGCAACGACAUGCUCACUUGCUACAUGUUCCACAUGUACGUGGGAGUGCGCGCAGGCGGAGGCAUCGGAGACGAGAUCGAGGAUCCCGCCGGAGACGAGUUCGAGGUGGAGCGGAUCGUCUUCGACAUCACGUUCUUUUUCUUCGUCAUCGUCAUCCUGCUGGCAAUCAUCCAGGGUCUGAUAAUUGACGCCUUUGGAGAGCUUCGGGACCAACAGGAGCAGGUGAAAGAAGAUAUGGAGACCAAAUGUUUCAUAUGUGGAAUAGGAAGUGAGUACUUUGAUACGGUCCCUCAUGGCUUUGAGACUCACACUCUCCAGGAGCACAACUUGGCCAACUAUCUAUUUUUUCUGAUGUACCUUAUCAACAAGGAUGAGACAGAACACACAGGGCAGGAAUCUUAUGUGUGGAAAAUGUAUCAGGAGCGUUGCUGGGAAUUCUUUCCAGUGGGAGACUGUUUCCGUAAGCAAUACGAGGAUCAGCUGGGAUAA